AUGACCAGUCAACCCCCCAUCAACGAGAUGGUAUAUUUACCUCAGGUGAUGUCACCGAAUAGAUCCUUCGGUGUCUUCCGGAAGGUUUUGCAUACGGGUCUAUACUCGCAAUUUGUUGCGAUGGAAAUUCCGGUCAAUGGUGAAAUUGGCGAUGAGAUCCACACCGUCGACCAAGUCCUGAUGUUUACCUCGGGCACCGGCAAAGCGAUCGUCGCAGGAAAGGAACAACAGGUGAAACAGAACGACGUCGUGAUUGUACCAGCCGGUACGCAGCAUCAAUUCCUUAAUGUGGGAGACACGCCGUUGGAGGUGGUGACAAUAUACUCGCCCGCGGAGCAUGAUCCACGGACGGUGCAUGAUACCAAAGCACAGGGUGACGCGCAGGAGGAUGCGGGAGAGGAUGAAGCGCCGGAAUGGAGUCAACGGAGCAAGUCUGAAAAUGAGAAGAUCGGGCUGGUUCGAUUACCAUGA